AUGUUUUGGUGUCGUCUGUCGUGUAUUCUAACGUUGCUGCUGAGUGUUGCUACUGUAUGCACAUUAGCGGAGACGAUUACCCCUAAUUUAGAAAAGGAACCUGCUGCUUGUCCUGAAGAUUCUGAACGUUCUGAUGGUGAAUGUCGGAAUCGUUCUCCUGCUGCUGUACAACCACGCCAAUCAACACAAGCACCUCCUCUUCAAACCCGUGAAUCUGAUCCACGUACCUCUUGCACUACUGGUUCUGGUGAUACUACUGUUGAUUCCUGCACUGCUAUUACUACGAGUGUUGCAGGUCAUCAAGCUGGUGGUAGUGGUAACCUACAUACAUCCCAAGGGUCUGUGUCUGGAGUUGCUGAGGGGGAGAGUGAGUCACAGCAGCAUUUGGAUCGUGAGAGACAGUCAACAGAUGAUACGGUUUCAGCACCCCCUCAUACUUCAAAUAGUGAAAACCAAGUGGGGAGUGAACCAGUUGUGCCAGUGCCAGGAAGUAAAGAUGGAAGGCAGGAAGAUGGAAGCAGUGGUAAUCAGGCAGUGAGAACUGAAGACUCAACAUCACGUCCAGUGAUCAGUGAAGAGAAUGAUCACAGUAACGGAACUAAACGGCCCGAAGGAAAUGGUUCGCAGUCGUCAGAGACUUCAGAAGUAUCUAACGCAGAUUCACCGGAUCAUCAGAGCACCCACAGCGGUACAACGGAACAAACCCAGUCUUCUGACAACAACCAAACUUCUCAAGGACAGAAUGGUGAAGCUGACAAUUCUAAUGCUGUUAAAAAGCCUGCAAAGGAUAAUUCAACAAACGAUAGUGACAGUACAACCAAUAAUGAAGAAUCAACGUCAACCACCACCACCACCACCUCAACCACGACCACCACCACAACAACAACACUUCCUCCUGAACUCACAAACAACAAGAAGGGUGAUGCAGACAGCAGCAGCAGUAUCAGCAGUUCUGUGUGGGUGCGUGUACCACUACUGAUUGUGGUUACAAUGGCCUGUAUUCUUGUGUGCUGA